CAUUGGUUAUGAUAGCAAAUCAAAUUUGAAGGUUAUUUUUUAAAAAAUACAAAACAAAAAUUACUGUAAUCCUACUAUUUAUUUAAUUUAUUAAAAUUUUUUUUCUUCAGUUCAUCUACAACAAGUUCUUUUGUGUGAUAAAGAGAGAAAGUACAAGAAAUUAUGAAAAAAAUUAUCCGUACAGCCCUGAUUCAGAUGCAGGUAGGAACAGAACUAAUUAAAAAUUUAGAAAAUGCUUCGAAACAUAUCGCCAAAGCUAAAGCAGGGGGAGCAGAAUUAGUAGCAUUACCAGAAUGUUUUAAUUCUCCGUAUGGUACCAAUUUCUUUAAACAAUAUGCAUCUGAAGUCCCAAAAGGUUCAACAUGUGAGAUGCUCUCGAAAGCAGCUAAAGAAAAUUCCAUUUAUUUGGUGGGGGGUACAUUUCCCGAAAUAGAAAAUGAUAAAAUUUAUAAUACUUGUACAGUUUGGAACCCUAAAGGAGAGCUAAUAGCAAAAUUUAGAAAAAUGCAUUUAUUUGAUAUUGACAUUCCCGGAAAAAUCACAUUUAAAGAAUCGGACAUUUUAACUGGUGGUAAUCAACUUGCUACAUUUGAUAUGGAUAGCAUUAAAGUGGGUCUAGGAAUUUGCUAUGAUUUAAGGUUUGAAGAACUGGCCAAAUUGUAUAGAUUACAAGGAUGCAAAUUAUUGAUUUAUCCAGCUGCCUUUACGGUAACUACCGGGCCACUUCAUUUCGAACUAUUACAAAGAUCUAGAGCACUAGAUAAUCAAGUCUUUGUAUGUGGAAUAAGUCCAUCUAGAAACGAGAAAGGAUUCCGAGCGCAUGGUUUUUCACAAGUAACUAGUCCGUGGGGUAAGGUUUUAGCGCAAGCCAAAGAAACGGAAGAUAUAAUUUUUGCUGACUUGGAUUUCUCAGAAUGUGACGAAGUCAGAGCUCAAAUACCUAUCUUUGGGCAGCGAAGAACUGAUGUUUAUGAUACUGUACUGAAGAAAUAAUCGUGCUAGUUUUUGUAAGGUACCAUUUGUAGAUAAUCUGUUAUCACUUGUAAUACAUUUUAAGUAUAAAUUGCUUUAUUUA